CCGUGCAGAGGCGCACGUGUACGCUAACUGCGUUACGGUCACCGACGCUGCUGUUCAGCUGGUUAGCCAAACAUCCCACAGAAAAAAAAGAUGAGCUGAGAAAGCCCACGGAGAAAAAAAAUGAUAACAAUGUGUUCAAACCCGCAGAAGUGUCCAAAAAGAGACAGUUGUUUAAGGUCCUGUAACACAACAUUUGCACUUAUGGAUGAAACUCGUAUUGGGAUGGUUUAGAGGACUAAGCCGCCGUGUGACACAUUAGCUCCUAUGAAGCAAAAGUCAAGCAUUUACUUUCACAAGGUUUUUUUUUUUUGUUUUUUUUUUAACCUAUUGCCAUUAAACUAGAUGAGCUCCUGCAUUGGUUCUGCGUCAAAGGGAACCUCCAAGAUACGUUUUUUUUUGGUUCUUUAACAUUGGUAUGGGGCCUCUUUUUCCAGCUUUUUGUAUCAUGUUUUCUUUUUGUUCCCUUCAGAACAUAAUUCCUCAUCACAAUCUUAAAAACGUGAUGCGUCUUUCCUAAUAACCCCAUCUCAUCUUCAAUUCUGUAUCUCAUCUCACGGUCCCUGCAGGGAUAAAGGGUGUUCUUGAAUUUUGACCCUUUGUGACUAGUGAAGCCUUCAGCAAACAUAACUCUGUCCCUGUAGGAAAACGUUUAUGUGGCAGCAAGCAGAUCCUUUUCACCUCUAUAGGUGAACACUGGGCAGUGAUCCUUGUGGGUUUUUUUUCUUCUCCUAUUUGGUUGCAUGGAAUCAGCCUAAUCGUGGAGAGGCCGGGCUAUCACAAGCUGAUGGACUUUGACAAGAGGGGAGUUGGAGGUGCGGGAGGUGGAGGGAAGGGUGAGGCAGAGGAAGGGAAAAGGAUGUCUGGGAAAUAUAGUGGACGAGGCGCUGGCUCCAACUCUGGAGUGCUGAUGGUUGGACCAAACUUCCGUGUCGGGAAGAAGAUAGGAUGUGGGAACUUUGGAGAGCUGCGACUUGGAAAGAACCUAUACACCAAUGAAUAUGUGGCCAUCAAACUGGAGCCGGUGAAGUCACGGGCCCCACAGCUGCACCUAGAAUACCGUUUUUACAAACAACUGGGAAGCUCAGAAGGCAUACCUCAGGUGUUUUACUUUGGACCGUGUGGUAAAUACAACGCCAUGGUUCUGGAGCUUUUGGGACCAAGCUUAGAAGAUCUGUUUGACCUCUGUGAGAGAACGUUCUCCCUGAAGACUGUACUCAUGAUAGCCAUACAACUGAUAACUCGCAUGGAGUUUGUUCACACCAGGAGCCUCAUUUACCGCGACGUCAAGCCGGAGAACUUUCUAGUGGGCCGACCCGGCUCCAAAAGGCAGCACACUAUUCACAUCAUAGACUUUGGCUUGGCAAAAGAGUACAUCGACCCAGAGACCAAGAAACACAUCCCAUACAGAGAGCACAAGAGUUUGACGGGGACUGCCAGGUACAUGAGCAUCAACACGCAUCUGGGGAAAGAGCAAAGCAGAAGAGACGACCUGGAAGCUUUAGGCCACAUGUUCAUGUAUUUUCUCAGAGGCAGCCUGCCCUGGCAGGGAUUAAAGGCUGAUACUCUAAAGGAACGCUACCAGAAGAUAGGAGACACAAAGAGAGACACGCCAAUUGAGGUGCUCUGUGAGAGUUUCCCAGAAGAGAUGGCCACCUAUCUGCGGUAUGUACGUCGACUCGACUUCUUUGAGAAGCCAGAUUAUGACUACCUGAGGAAACUCUUUACGGACCUCUUCGACAGAAAUGGAUAUGUGUUUGAUUUCCAGUACGAUUGGACUGGGAAGCCACUGCCCACUCCCAUCGGUCCAGUGGCAACAGAGACUCCACUUCCAGCAAGCAGUCGAGAGAAAGCAGCACAGGCCAAAAACCAGGUGAUGAGUUCAACAAAUGGAGAACUGAACACGGAUGACCCCACCGCAGGACACUCGAAUGCACCGAUUGCAGCUAAUGUGGAGGUGGAAGUAGCUGAUGAUACUAAGUGCUGCUGUUUCUUCAAGAGGAGGAAGAGGAAAGCUCUCCAGAGACACAAAUGAAAAUAAGAUGAAAGCGAAACCUCGGCUUUCGUCCUCGUUUUUUUGUCUCCCAUCUAUUCUUCUCCUCCAGCUUGUCAUCUCUCCUCUCCUGUGAUGUGGGAGGAGCAGCAGGCUAAAGAAGCAUUUCCUCCGCUGAUCUGCUGGUUUUUGUCGCUGUGGGCUGAGCAAACCCAGAAUAAUGGCUAUCCAUUCACCGCAGACUGGAACCCUGGGAUAGAACUGAACAGCAGUGAACUUCACAUAUUUAUGGCUGCAGAAAGGACUGAGUAUGGAACUGCAGAGGCUGUGUCUGACUGAAUAGAUGGAUUAUAUUAAAUGCCCUUUUUUUUUUUCUUCCUUACUGACUGGCUCAGAGGAGAGAAAAGCAUUUCUGAGGAGAAAAAGAACGGACUCCAAAAGCGAGGGAUCGCGUGACAUGCGCUCUUAGAAAACACAACACAAUACUUGCUGCACAAUAUUGACCUCCUUAUGAAGAGACUCCAUGCAGUUGAGGUACAGUUUUAUUUCCUCAGGUCAAAAACCCACAGUAAGCGACUCGGUCUGCACCGACUGGAGUCCCUGUAAAACUCAUAUACCGUUAGUGGAAAACACCAGGAUCAAACAUUUUACAAUGUUUAUGUAAAACCUUUUUGUUUUUCAUAUUUUAAUUUGGAUCUAAAGUUUUUUUCAGCACAGGUUUUGAGCUGAUAAAACAAUAUGGAACCUUUUUAUUACCUGCCCCCUCAAUCUUGUUUCAAAGAGGAUAUUUUUUGUAGUUUUUAGUGUGUUCUUCUGUUAUUUUAAGUUUAUUUUUUUCUUCUUCUUUUUCUCCUGUUGGAGCUCUCCAAGUUGGAUAAUGACAUUGGAAAAAUAAACAACCAAACAUAA